CGACAGGAGCCAUUGGAUCGUUGUUGGAGGGCAGAUACGGAGGGGCAAGGUACGUGGUGCCUUACCUUGGCUAAGGCACUGAAUCUGGAUCCCUCCUCCACCUCCACGCGAGCGGACGACACGAAGCGGCCAUAGCCGCACGUUGGGAUCCCCUCCGCUACGCCUCUCGAUGGUCUCCGCCAGCGCGCCGCCGCCGCAGGCCCAGUCCGACGCGGCCGGGUCGGGGGAGGAAGUGAGCAAGAAGGUGCGGAAGCCGUACACAAUCACCAAGUCCCGGGAGAGCUGGACGGAGCAGGAGCACGACAAGUUCCUCGAGGCCCUGCAGCUCUUUGAUCGUGACUGGAAGAAGAUAGAGGCUUUUGUUGGCUCCAAGACUGUCAUCCAGAUUAGGAGCCAUGCACAGAAGUACCUUUUGAAGGUUCAGAAAAAUGGAACCAGCGAACAUGUCCCACCUCCACGACCAAAGCGAAAAGCUGCCCAUCCAUAUCCUCAGAAGGCUUCCAAGAAUGGACACAUUUUCGUCAUUUCCGAAGAGAAGAUGUCUCAAGACAAGAAGGCAGUUGCUGAGACGAAGCUAACUGAAGAGGAAAAGCUUCUUGAGGAGAAGAUUGCUGGGUUUGUUGAAUCAAUCGCAAAAACAAAUACAGAGAAGAUCACUAAAGAGAUACUGGAAGGCUUGUCUGAAGAUACUGAUGAUAGCGACAGCUAUGAUAUGGAGAGUGGAGGCGAAGACUCUGAAGAUCGGCCCUGGCGACCAAGUCAUACAGUCUUCGGGAAAUCAACUAUCAAACAGAGUCAUCUAGAUAAUAUGAGAGGAAGGUAUUUUCGAGAUAUGUCUAUCGUGAGGGCUGACAUAGACAGGGCCGCUCCUGCUCCCGAAGAAGACGAAGUUGUGAUCUUCCGAAGCUUCUUCAAAGCUGGACUUCGGUUCCCGUUGAGUAGAUUUGUGGUUGAAGUUUUGAGUACAUACCAGAUCUACCUUCAUCAGAUUACUCCCGAAGCAAUUAUUAGAAUGGGGAUUUUCGUCUGGGCUGUGAGAAGUCAAGGUCUGGAGCCAAGCGCAAGAUGUUUUUGCAGUAUGCAUGAGCUCUCGUAUGAGACGAAGGCCUGGGGUAAAGAACAAUAUCACAACAAUUUCGGCUGCUACAGCUUUGUUGCUCGCUCCGGCGUAAGCUACCCAGUGCCAACAUUCCGGAAGAGGUGGCCCGGAGACUGGAUGAAAGAAUGGUUCUAUGUAAAGAAUGAUUUAAAGGCGAGAGAAGACAUUAAAGAGAUCAUCAUGCGCCCCAUUUGGUCCCACUUCGGCCUCCGGAAGCCGAAGGUUGAAAUUGACGAGGCAGUCGAAGCAUGCCGAAGGGCUUUCAGCACAAUUUGCUCUUUUGUUGGGACAAGGGACUUGCUUCAAGAGCAUAUAGCCUACAGAAUAUGGCCACUUGUAGACAGCUGGGAAAUGCCGAAGGACACCAUCACUAACCCUAGCGAGGGCGGCCUAGUUCGACUGAAGUACACCUUCAGGUUUGAGGACAAAUUUGUCGAACCAGAUGAUGACUGGCUGAAGUGUAUUGAAAAUACUAGUGAUGAAUUACUUGGAGCAUAUUCCAAGUCCGAAGAUAAUGCACUAUCUGCAGCUUUCGGGAGCCGAAAAAAGAAAAGAUUAAAUAGGGUUUUUGAUGCUAUUGGAUUUGUGUACCCUGACUAUCGCUACCCACCACGGGGGCAGAAAAGAAAGGGUGUAUCCUCUGAAAAGGUUGCUGCUUCGGCUGCUCCGAGCGAGCCUGCACCGAAGGGUAAAAAAUUGAAGGUCCUUACCCACCGACCACGCUACAUUGAACCGGCCGUAAUGCCUGAAUUUGGUGGGGAGACAUCUUCAGCUACUGAGCCGAAGGAACCUGCCCCUCCCACACAGAAGAUUGAAAAGCCGGCUGCAGUGCCGAAGGGUCCUUCGAGUAAGGUGAUUUUAACAAAGGUUGCCGAAGAUAAGACCGAAAGGUCAAAAACUGAAAGAGCAACAAAGAUGUCGGGGGUUCUGAGUCCUUCGACAGAAGCAACAGUGCUGACGGCAGAAAAAAGUUCUGCCACAACCCCUAGAAGGAAAAGGAUGGUGAAUGUUUUAGAUAUUUUAGACACACUGGAUUCAAAACGCCCUUCUUCCACGAAGAAAACUGCCGGAGCUGACAAAACGCAACACAAAGCUGGUUCUGAGCAAAUAGAAGUCGAAGCUAUAAAAAACCAGGAUGAAGCCGAGGCAGGGCCCAAAGUGCCUGUUGAGACGAAGCUUGCAACAACCGAACAAGGGGCCAAAGAAAUGAUUCCAGAUACUAAUAUAGUUUUUGAAAAAAGUGCGGCCAAAGAAGCCGAAUCUCUUACCCCCGAAGCAUCCUCCGAGGAUCUUGAUUAUAUCAUUCGACAUGCUGCGGGAAAGAAAUUAUCCAAAGAAGAAAUUUUUGAAGCCAAACACUAUGCUCGGGAACUGAAGUAUCCAAAGGGGGCCUUAGUGUUUAACGGUAUGGAUGAAGAUGAUUUCUUGUAUUGUCUCCCGGACAACAAAGAAUUACCCGUCUGCCGGGAGAUGGCCCGAAGCAUGGGUUUCCCGAAGCUUGAAGCUGGCCUUUGCGCCAUGACGAAAGAUGAUCUUGCAGAUAGCCUUGCAUAUAAUAGUCUGAAGGGCCUAAUACUUAGCAACGCUUUAAGAGCGCAAAAGAAUGCUGAAGACGAGAGCUGCACUAUUGCUCUCAACAACCUUCAAACAGAGGUUAUCAAGCUGAGGAACGAAGCCACGGAAAAAGACAAAAUUCUACUUACAUUGGUGGACAAAGUAAAGGAGGAUGAAGCUAACUUAAAGGCUCAAACUGAAAUUCAAAAGAAUGAGAUUGAAGACCUUCGAAGACAACUGGCUGGAGCCAACUUAAAGUGUGCUGUCGCUGAAGCUGAUCGAGAUGCCAGUGAAUACUGGAAGAAUUAUUUAGAAAAAACAGUUGCAGAGCUUCGCUCCUCCAAAGAAAGAUGUUUUGAGAAAUCUGUGGAGUGUGUGAAGAAAAUAAAGACUAGCUUUGCUAACGUGGGCGCGUAUUCGAGCGAAGACAACUUUAUACGAGGCGACCCCGAAGGCGUUAUCGAAUGGAUCAGUAAUGAAGCUGAAUCUUUUGAAGAAAUCUUAAGUGAUCGUGGGGAUGUUUGCGCAUUUUCUGGCGCAAGAGGAAUUGCGACCGUCUUGGAGAAGGCGGAUUGUGAUCACAUUAAAACCUUGGCCCAGGCCGAAGCUGCCUUCUCCGUGGACGUCACGAAGGACCCCUCGACCGAAGCAAGUCUAAUAGGCGGAAAAAUUUUCACUGAUAUCUGGGAAAAUGGCGGCCGAAAAAUGGCUCAUGAAAUAAUAAAGAAAAGAGAAAAAGAUCUUCAUGACGCUCGAGAAGCAGCAAAAGAGGCAGAAAGAGCAGCAGCACUCGAAAAACGAAUAGCUAAACUUUCUCCUCCACCAGAGCCACUCGACCCACUGGCCAACCCAGAAACAAAGAAGGAAGAAGAAAUUAUUAACAUGGCCGAAGCUAUUAUCGACGAAGUUGUUGCCAAGCUACUAAACGAAGCUGCUGAAAAAGUUUUGAAGGAAGUGUAGCUGCUAUUGUAAAAACAUUUCUAAAAUAUUAAUGUAACAUUUGCUGAACUAAGUUUGUAAUAUUUGUUGUUUAUAAUUUUUGAAUGUAAUAUGUAAAUUGUU